GACGUUCCCCGGAGAACCCAACCCGCUGGAUCUACCUACGCUGCGCGCUAAUGCCGCUUCCGGAGUUCGGGUCCGUGCUUCUCUGUUUGGGCAUAUUUUCCUCUCCCCUUCCAACGCUCACGGGGGGAAGGGGAGGGGAGGAGAAAGAUGAUCAGAUCAGAUGUGAUACCCUGGAUCCUUCUGCAGUGCGCACCCCUUGUGACCAUCCAUGGUGCCCUUGUAGGCAAGGAAAAGAACUGCAGGACGCGCCGCGUAAGUUCGAUAUGGGGUGAGGAAACUUGCGUGACAGGAACGGCUCGGCUGGAUGUGAGAUUCUGCGGGGAAGUCCUAAGUCAAUGGAAUUGGACAGGGCCGGGGACUUGGGGACUUUGGCAAGCUGCUUUUCCCAUAAACAUGUGAUGAA